UAAGCGCAUGAUGGCGGUGUGCUUGUUAUGUAUUAGCAAACAAAUUCGGAAGACGGAAGAAGAAGAAGCCGCCACAUCUCAGGCUCGUCAAGCCUGAUAAUGUCAUCUGCUCAUCUUGCUUGACUCGGACCAGAGUCGUGCUCGUCAGUAAAGAUGAAUCGUCCAAAAGCUGCAACUCUGAGGCGCCCCGGUGCUACAAAAUCGUCAGGUCAUCCCCCUCCAGGAGAUUUCAUUGCUCUUGGCUCAAAGAGCCAGGCUGGAGAACCCAAAGCCCCUGCUGUCCUCCUGAAGCCAGCUUCCACAGGUUUACCCGCUGACCGUAAAAGAGAGACGUCCUCUACUCUGCCCUCAUCAUCAGGUCUGUCCACUCUGACCAAACGACCCAAGCUAUCCACCACCCCUCCUGUUAGUGCUCUGGUUCGCCUUGCUGAUGUUGCAGCAGUGGACAAGAGGGCUAUAUCGCCCUCAAUAAAGGAGCCAUCAGUGGUACCGAUUGAAGUGUCUCCAGCUGUCCUGCUGGAUGAGAUUGAAGCUGCAGAGUCAGAGGGAAAUGAUGAUCGCAUUGAGGGGUUGCUGUGUGGAGCAGUGAAACAACUGAAGAUGAAUAGAGCCAAGCCUGACAUCACACUGUACCUUAGCCUCAUGUUUCUGGCCAAAAUCAAGCCUAAUGUUUUUGCUACUGAAGGAAUUAUUGAGGCUUUGUGCAGCCUCUUACGUCGGGAUGCUUCUAUCAACUUUAAAGCAAAAGGCAACAGCCUGGUGUCUGUUCUGGCUUGCAAUCUGCUUAUGGCGGCCUAUGAAGAGGAUGAAAACUGGCCAGAGAUCUUUGUUAAAGUGUACAUUGAGGACUCUCUGGGGGAAAGGAUCUGGGUGGACAGCUCUCACUGCAAGACUUUUGUUGACAACAUCCAGACUGCUUUUGGCACAAAGAUGCCUCCAAAGAGUAUGCUGCUACAGGCUGAUACUGGCCGUUCUGCUGGAGAUCUAAGUGCAGGUAGCAGCCCUCAUCCCUCAACCCCAGAUGAAGAUGACAGUCAGACCGAAUUGUUGAUAGCAGAAGAGAAACUCAGUCCUGAGGAUGAAGGGCAGAUUAUGCCAAGGUAUGAGGACCUGGCAGAGAGUGUGGAGGACUAUGUGCUAGAUGUUCUCAGAGAUCAGUUGAAUCGCAGACAGCCGAUGGACAACGUGUCCCGAAACUUGCUGCGUUUGCUCACAGCGACGUGCGGCUACAAAGAGGCCCGCCUCAUGGCUGUGCAGAGGCUGGAGAUGUGGCUCCAGAACCCGAAGCUAACUCGACCGGCUCAGGACCUUCUCAUGUCGCUGUGCAUGAACUGCAACACACAUGGAGCUGAUGACAUGGAGGUGAUCUCCAACCUGAUCAAGAUCCGUCUCAAACCUAAAGUCCUUCUCAACCAUUAUAUGUUGUGUGUCAGGGAGCUGCUAAAUGCACACAGAGACAACCUGGGUACUAUGGUGAAGCUGGUGAUCUUCAAUGAGCUGUCUAAUGCCAGAAAUCCUAACAACAUGCAGGUUCUGCACACGGUGCUACAGCACAGCCCUGAACAGGCACCAAAGUUCUUGGCCAUGGUGUUCCAGGAUUUGCUAACAAAUAAGGAUGAUUACCUCCGGGCCUCCCGAGCUUUGCUGAGAGAGAUCAUCAAACAGACCAAGCAUGAGAUCAACUUCCAGUCUUUUUGUUUUGGUUUAAUGCAGGAGAGGAAAGAGGCCAGCUACGUAGACAUGGAGUUCAAAGAGCGCUUUGUGAUCCAAGUGACAGAUUUACUCACUGUCUCCAUGAUGCUGGGAAUCACUGCUCAGGUCAAAGAAGCUGGCAUUGCAUGGGACAAAGGAGAGAAAAAGAACCUGGAGGUCCUGAGGUCAUUUCAGAAUCAGAUUGCUGCCAUCCAGAGAGACGCUGUGUGGUGGCUUCACACUGUGGUACCCACCAUCAGCAAAGUUGGAGCAAAAGACUAUGUUCACUGCCUUCAUAAAGUGCUAUUCACUGAGCAGCCGGAGACAUAUUACAAGUGGGACAACUGGCCUCCUGAGAGCGACAGAAAUUUCUUCCUUCGCCUUUGUUCUGAGGUGCCUCUGCUAGAAGACACGCUGGUGCGCAUCCUGGUGAUCGGGCUGUCACGUGAUCUUCCUCUAGGCCCGGCGGAUGCCAUGGAGCUCGCGGAUCACCUGGUCAAGAGAGCUGCCGGAGUUCACUCUGAUGAUCUAGAGGUCCUGAAAGUGGAGAGGAUCCAACUCAUUGAUGCAGUGCUGAAUCUGUGUACAUACCACCACCCAGAGAACAUCCAGCUGCCAGCAGGGUAUCAACCACCAAAUUUGGCAAUAUCUACACUCUACUGGAAGGCUUGGCUGUUGUUGCUUGUGGUGGCUGCCUUUAAUCCGAAGAAGAUAGGUUCUCCUGCUUGGGAGGGUUAUCCUACACUGAAAAUGCUCAUGGAGAUGGUUAUGACAAAUAACUAUACAUAUCCUCCUUGCACUGUCGCCGAUGAGGACACAAAGACGGAGAUGAUCAACAGGGAGUUGCAGAUUUCCCAGAGAGAGAAACAAGAGAUCUUGGCAUUUGAAAGCCAUUUAGCCGCUGCUUCCACCAAACAGACCAUCACAGAGAGUAACAGCUUGCUGUUGUCUCAGCUUACCAGUCUGGACCCACAGGGUCCUCCUCGCCGGCCUCCUCCUCAGGUCCAGGAGCAGAUCAAAAGUCUCAACCAGUCUCUGCGUCUCGGUCAUCUCCUCUGUCGCAGCCGUGACCCUGACUUUCUUCUCAACAUCAUUCAGAGACAGGCUUCCUCUCAGUCCAUGCCAUGGUUGGCUGACCUGGUGCAGUCCAGUGAGGGAUCUCUGGAUGUGCUUCCAGUGCAGUGCCUGUGUGAGUUUCUUCUGCACGAUGCUGCAGAUGACAGUUUGCCAAUAGAGGAUGAUGAAGAAGGAGAGAGCAAAGAGCAGAGGGCCAAGAAAAGACAAAGACAACAAAAGCAAAGGCAGCUACUUGGACGGCUCCAGGAUCUUCUGUUGGGUCCUAAGGCAGAUGAGCAGACGACAUGCGAAGUGUUGGAUUACUUCCUGCGUCGUCUCAGCUCUUCACAAGUGGCAUCAAGAGUUCUUGCGAUGAAAGGUUUGUCAUUGGUACUGAGUGAAGGAGGCUUGAAAGAUGGAGAGGAGCGAGAUCAGCCCAUGGAAGAAGACUCUGUGGAUGCUGAACUCUUGCCAGGAUACCAGUGGCUGCUGCAAGACCUCCCGAAGCUCCCUUUAUUUGACAGUGUCAGGGGCAUGACCUCAACUGCCCUGCAGCAGGCCAUUCACAUGGAAACAGACCCACAAACUAUCAGUGCCUACCUCAUCUACCUUUCCCAGCAUGCACCAGUGGAAGAGCAGGCUGCUCAUAAUGACCUUGCACUGGACAUCGCCCGGCUGGUUGUUGAGCGUUCCACCAUCAUGAACAACCUGUUUUCCAAACACUCCAGCAGGCCUGAGUCUGAUGCCGUACUCUCUGCUUUCCUCACCAUCUUCUCAACGUACAUCAAGAGAAUGAGGAAGACCAAGGAGGAUGAGGAUCUUUAUAGCUGGUCAGAAUCUCAGGACCAGGUGUUCCUGCGUUGGACUACAGGAGAGACUGCUACGAUGCACAUUCUUGUAGUCCAUGCAAUUGCUAUUCUGCUGACGCUGGGACCACCCAAAGGGGAGAGUGAUUUCUAUGCUCUGUUGGACAUUUGGUUUCCUGACAAGAAACCUCUACCUACUGCCUUCCUGGUUGACACCUCAGAGGAGGCCCUUCUCCUGCCUGACUGGUUGAAACUAAGGAUGAUCCGCUCAGAGGUCCCUCGAUUGGUCAAUGCAGCUUUACAAGACCUGGAGCCUCAGCAGCUGCUACUCUUUGUUCAGUCUUUUGGUAUUCCAGUCUCCAGCAUGAGUAAACUUCUGCAGUACUUGGAUCAAGCUGUCUCUCAUGAUCCACAGACACUGGAGCAAAACAUCAUGGACAAACACUAUAUGGCCCACUUGGUUGAGGUGCAGCAUGAGCGAGGUGCCACUGGGGGGCAUACUUUUCAUGCCUUACUUAGUUCUUCUCUUCCUCCACACAGAGAUUCAUCUGAAACAAGUAAGGUCAGAGUUACUGUGGAAACCCCCCAUAGCUCCACGAAGAUGAGAGCUGCGACUCAGCUUCCUCCUGUUGGACCUGAUGAUGAUCUUACUGGGAUGUUGCUUCAGAUUUUCCCAUUAAAGAUGGACCCUCGCUGGCACGGCCCUCCUCCCAGUCAGCUCUCCCUGGCCCUGCAGCAGUCCUUGGCUAAAGAACUGAUGCGGGCCAAGCAGGGUCAGAUCCAGCAGGGAGGUCUGGCUUUUCGUCUGCUACAGGCCAUCGCGGCCCUGCUCACAUCGGCCCCUGCAGGACCUUUUGUUUUGUCAAUGCACCGCAGCCAUGCUCUCUCCUGUCCUCUGAUGCGCCAACUACACCUCUACCAGCGUCUCGUGUCCCAGGACAUUGCUUUCUCCUCGCUGUUCCUCAAAGUUAUUGCAGAGAUGUUAAUGUGGUUAGAAAAUCCAACAGUAGAGACGGGACCACUGAAGACCCUCCUCAAACUGUUUGCUGGUCACAGCUCUCUCAAACACAGGCACAGUGAUGUGCGUGCAGGUUUCAUCCACCUGGCAGAGGCGUUGGCUUAUCGCAGAGAUGUUGAAGUGCCACUGAGAGCUGUCAUAGCAAUGCUAAAAGCUGGAGAGCGAUUUAAUGCAGAACCUGAGCUCAUUGGGAAAGUGUUACAAGGGCUGAUGGAGGUCAAGUCUCCAUACUUAGAGGAGCUGAUGUCUCUGUUGAUGACCGUCGGUACUCAGAAUGGGACAGCCGGCCCUGUUGCCAUAGUGAUAUCCUUGCUGCUUCAGGAGAGUGAGGAGCGAACUGUGAAAAAGGAUGUGGAUUCAAAGAGUGGUUUUGAAGUAACAAAGUCUGGACUGAGCUCUGGGCUGCUGGUUGAUUGGCUGGAGCAUCUUGACCCUGAGGUUACGUCAGUGUGUCCAGAUCUUCAGCAGAAACUACUGUUUACCCUCAACAAGGCACGAGGCACCCCAGCAUACAGACCUUACCUUCUGGCCUUGCUUACCCAUCAGUCCAACUGGUCCACUCUCCUUCAGUGCAUCAGUGCUCUUCUCAGCAAACACAGAAACUACAAAUUAGAUCCAUCAUCAGCUCUGGACUUCUUGUGGGCGUGCAGCCACAUUCCUCGUAUCUGGCAGGGCCGUGACCAGAAGAUUCCUCAAAAGAAGACAGAAAAGUUUGUGUUACGACUCAGCUCAGAGGAGCUCAUCAGCCUUGUGGACCUGAUCUUGUCUGAGUCAGAGCUUAACAGUCAUAAUUCACCCCGAGAUGACAAAAGUAGCUUGGACCAAGCCUCCUGCUCCCUCAUCCAGUCCAGACUGCCUCUCCUUCACUCUUACUGUAAUGGAACUUUGGAAAACAUCAAGAAAGUAUCAGAAUACCUUAUUAACUGCACAAAGAAGUGGGAAGACAGUGCAAUGAGUAAGAGGUGCCAGAACCUGCUGCUGCAGAUCUAUCUGCACUUCCCUGAGGUCAUCCAACAUGUUGCUCUCCCCAAAGGCACCUUCAGCAGCGGAGGAGCCGCAGAUGGCAGUAGUUGCAAGUUGGAUGUCCUGGUCCAUCGCCUGGUCACACUGCUUGCUGAUGUAGGAGACUCGAAGUCUGUUGAGGGCCGUGUGUCUGAUGCCAAUCUCGCCUGCAGAAAGCUGGCUGUAUCACACCCUGUCCUUUUACUCAGACACUUGCCUAUGAUAGCUGGACUCCUACACAGUCGCAUGCACCUAAAUAUCCAAGAGUUUCGGCAGCAAAACCACAUGACUUUCUUUAGCAACGUGCUUGCCAUCUUGGAGCUGCUGCAGCCACUUGUUUUCCACAGUGAUCACCAGAGGGCGCUUCAAGACUGCCUCCUGUCAUUUAUGAAAGUCCUUCAGAACUUCCAGAGGAUUCGUUCUCCGCUGGUCUUCAUUAAUAAGUUUCUGCAGUUCACACAGAAGUACAUAACACACGAUGCAGCAGCAGCUAUUCCUUACCUACAGAAGCACUCUGACAUCCUACAGAGUUUGUGUGCAGAAAAUCCAGACCUGGUCCAGCUGAAGUCUCUGUUAGCUGGACUCACUUUGCCAGUGAAAAGCUCCUCUGCAGAGGUUCCAGCUGAGGAGAGAGAAGAUGAUUUAUCUACUGGUUCUCUGCCGCUGGUCAACAUAUCUGCUUCAUUUUCACUUAGUGCCGCAGACAUGACGAUGUACUUGAAAAAGAUAUCAAAGGGAGAAGCAGUUGAGGAUGUGUUGGAGGUGUUGACAGAAGUGGAUGAAAAGUCAAGAAGGAGCCCAGAAAUCAUACAGUACUUUGCUAAUGAUCUGCAGAGACUCAUGACGUCGUCUGAGGAGUUGUGUCGGAACAUGGCCUUCAGUCUGGCCCUGCGCUGCAUCCAGAAUAAUCCCUGCUUAGCAACAGACUUCCUGCCCACUUUCAUGUACUGUAUGGGAAGUGGUAACUUUGAUGUGGUGCAGACUGCUUUAAGGAACCUUCCAGAGUAUGUUCUUCUCUGUCAAGAACACGCAGACAUUUUGCUCCACAAGGCGUUCUUGGUGGGAAUCUAUGGACAAAUUGACACCAGUUCAAUGAUCUCAGAGUCCAUGAAGGUCCUUCAUAUGGAAGCAACAACAUAACAACACAUCCUCAUCUGACUGAGAGCAUUUCAGAGCUCCAUUUUUUUCUUAAGUUGACUUUAGCUUAAAUAUUGCUCUAAUUUGAUCAUUGCAGAUUAAAAAGUCACUCCUCGGGGGGGCAGAUUAAAGGAUUCUCCACAGAACUGUUAUCAGAACCAGCAACGUAUUAAGUUCUGGAUAAUUUAAUGACUCCAAAGAAUGCCUUAAAAUUCCCUCUAAAGAAGUUUAAAUCUUACAAUUAUAACUUUGUGAAAUUGUAAUAAUGAAACAAUUAGCAUAUGUGUUGAACUGUCAAAGAUAAUAGUUUUAAACUGGUGACGUAAAUUUACUUUGACAGUUUGACAGAAAGAGUG